GUCUAUUGCUUUGUUUGACAGUUGUGUAAGAUGGUUAGUGGUUUUGCUGUUUUUCUAGAAGCUUUCAAUUGCUGUUUUUGUGGAAAAAUCGUACAAAUUGAGGAAUAAUAGUUUGGCACAUCGUUUAUUUCUUGUAUAAGCAGUUUUUUUGGCACUUUUCCAAAUGGCACACUACAAGGGGGCUGCCAGCGAAGCUGGUAGAGCCAUGCAACUAAUGAAGAAACGCGAGAAGGAAAUGCAAGACUUAGAGCUUCGCAAGAAACGAAUAGAAGAAGAUUUGAAAUUAAAUAACAUUGAAAAUAAAUUCGCCACUCAUUACGAUGCAGUGGAACAACAAUUAAAGAGCUCAACAAUCGGCUUGGUCACUCUGGAUGAGAUGAAAGCCAAGCAGGAGAACAUAGUAAAAGAGCGCGAAAAAAAACUGGCCCAAAAACAAGCCGAAAAAGAACGCGAGAAGCAAAGACAACUUGAAGCGAAACUUGCUGAGAAAAACAAGCAGAAGAAACAGAUUCAAGCACUUUCAUUCAACUUGGACGAGGAAGAAUGUGAUGACGAAAGUGAGGAAGUUGAUAACAAGCCCUGGAAGAGAGAAGCUGAGGAUGCUCCGAAAAUUACAAAAAAGAUCAAAAAGGAUCCAAACGUUGACACCAGCUUUCUGCCAGACCGGGAACGUGAAGAGGAAGAAAACAGAUUGAGAGAAGAGUUAAGACAAAAAUGGGCGGAACAGCAACAAAAACUCAAAGAGGAGGAAAUUGAUAUCACGUUUAGUUACUGGGACGGCUCAGGGCACAGAAGAACGGUCAGAGUGAAGAAGGGUAACUCAAUUUACCAGUUCUUGCAAAAGGUUUUAGAAUUAUUGCGGCGCGAAUUUUCUGAGCUGAAAACGGUAAUGGCCGAUCAGCUCAUGUAUGUGAAAGAAGACUUAAUCCUACCUCAUCAUUACACCUUCUACGAUUUUAUUGUAACAAAAGCACGUGGCAAAAGUGGGCCACUUUUCCAGUUUGAUGUCCACGAUGACGUCAGAUUGGUAAGUGACGCUUCAAUUGAAAAGGAAGAGUCACACGCUGGGAAGGUUCUGCUGAGAAGUUGGUAUGAGAGAAACAAACAUAUCUUUCCUGCUAGUAGGUGGGAACCUUAUGAUCCAACAAAGACAUAUGACAAAUACACAGUUUCUGAUAAAAACAAGAAAUUGUAAUUUUAUUCUAAAUAAAGUUAAUCGAUUUUUGUA